GAACUUGUGUAGUGUAGCGCGUUUAUACGCGGACCCGCUUCACAAAAAGCCGCACUUGUCAAAUCAAUGUUGUCGCCUGUCGGCAGUCGAUUCCCGAGUCAACAUAGAUUGUUAAGAUUAGCUCUAUAAGUCAAUGCUUAUUUUUAAAAUCCGUGUAUUAUUAGUUUUAUUAUCACGACUUUUAAACACAUAUUUUUAAAAAUAAAGUUUUAACUGAUGAAAUUUGGUGAAUAAUGCUAUAAUUAAAUUUAGUAUCCAAAAUCAAUUCAAAAUUUAUGACAUGCAUUAGCUAGUGAAAUUGGAUUGAACUUUUUUAAUUAAUAGUGUUAUCAGUGUAGAAAAUGAGAAGCAUGAUUAAUAACACUUCAAAAAACUAUGCAGUAUUAAGUAAAGAAUGGGUUUCAUCAAUUGGAGAGGAGUUGGGUUUGCAACAAUUACCCGAUACUCUUACGAAACAACUUGCACAAGAUGUUUCUUACCAUUUGCGUGAAGUCUUAUAUAAAUGUGUGAUGCGAAUGAAGCACAGCAAUAAGAGAUUCUUAACAUCUUUUGAUCUCAAUGCUGUGAUAACACAUUUAUGCGAUACAGAUCCAGUACUAGGGUCAUCAAGCCAAAUUCCAAAGUUCCUAUCGGAACUGGACCUUUUUAUUCCCAAUGAAAAUAUUAUGGAUCUUCAUUCACAUUUAAAACAGCCUUUCUCUGUCUCUCAAACUUCUAAUCCAGUCAUACAAGAACUUGAAAUAGUUGAUUGUAAGUCAAUAGUCACCCGGAGCUGUUAUGCUAAAAGAGCUUUAAUAAUUUUAUUAAAUGGUUCCAAAAAAAGUUUCAAGGUGCUUCUUCAUGACUGCUCUUCAAAUGCAUAUCUAGGAGGAGAAGGAGUGGUGGAUUAUUUAAUGUCCAUUGCUAGGUUUUUAGUUAUAUCUAAUAAUGCACAAUACACAAGAGUAUCUCUUCGGACUUGUCAACUUAUCAUAGCCAUAACACACAACAAAGAAUCAGUUUUUUCCUCGUACCUUCAUUCUGUAGACAAAUUGACAGAAUUAUUAUUGGAAUUACUGCUUGGGCAAGGUUUUAUAAAUUCAAAUUUAGAAAGUAUUUUUAAACAUUGCUCUUUGAAUCUUAUGCUCAAAUGGCCCCUUGUAGCUAAUAAAUUCAUCCCUAAAUUAAAAAGCAUCAUUAAAAAUGAUAAAUAUGAAAAGAAAAAAAAAUUAAUAGCUUUUGAACUAAUUGCGGGAGUUGACCCACUAAUAUUUUUUAAAGAAAAUGUAGAUCAUUCUUUAUCAUUAGAGAAUGUAUUAAUGCACGGUAAACCUGGAACAAUUUUAUGGCAUAAAAUUGCUUUGGCGCUAUGUGCUUUUAUUAAAUCUGGAAAAAUAAUUUUAAAUCAUUCAGUUAUAUCUGAACACUUUGGAGACUCUAUUCUGCCUUAUUUGAUGCUUGAAGAAAGAACAGUUGAUAAAUGUUAUCAAAGAAAUACACCAGCAAUAGUUCAUAGAAAAAUAAAGUAUAAAACAUUGCAAAAAUCUAAAAAUGGAACUCAUAAACAAGAUAUUUUUGAAAAUAAUUUGGCUUCAAAGCCCAAAAAACAAAUAAGGUUCCAUAUAACUGGAGGUCGUUCCGUCUCGCCAGCGAAGUUACGUCCAGUAAUUUCAAAACAAAUGAAUCAAAUUUUCAGAAAUCACUCUAGUUCUUUUUGCUCGAAUAUCACGUCGUCUCACCUAUUGAUGUUUAAAAGUAAAACGAAAAACUUUGCGGGAGCCUACUGUUUAUCAAAAACAGUACUGUAAUUUAAUAUCGACUGAAUAUCUUGUAGAAUUAUAAUUUCAUACAAUAAAACGUUGUUUUCUUAACA